GUGGCCCAAGUGACGCAGUAACAGGAAGUGCGGGUCCCGAUGACACAUGAGAGGUUACAGAUGAACGACCUGUGCAACUUUACGUGUUAAUGUCGCAGCGAACGAUUCUUUACGUCAACACAAAGCGUAGUGAUGGCGUCCUGAGCAGAGGGGGUUCAGUGCAAACAUCGCAUUGACGCACACAUCGGUCCUCAGCUCUGAAAGCCGGUGUCUUCAACAACUUGUACCUCAGCCGCCAUCACCUCAACCAGAGCAGACAUGACGAGGAGCCUCGGUGGGUUGUUGUUCAGAGGCGUCCACAGCCUCACCUCUCUCCCGGCCAGGAGCACUCAGCUCGGCCACCUGUCAGCCUGCAGCGCGGUCAAGACCAUGGUGACGCUGCCAUCGUUUCUUUCCUCCAAGCCCCGGGACUUCAGCCUGCCCAACCCCUCGUGGGGCUCAGAAAUGUUGCGGUUGUACGAGCAUUACAGCAGCCAGUGUGAGGUGGAGACAGAGGGAGGAGAGAAAGACAGAGGGCUUUGGACGAGACUGCCAAGCUACAAUCGCUCCCUCAAGUAUGUCACAGGUGGAUUUUAUCUCAGUAAGAUUAUCCAGGCGAAAGCUCGUCUUUUUACCCGCAACAUCCGAGAGGAGGGGGCAGGAUUUGAAUACGUUGUGUUUGUUAACAAAAAAGAGAAGAGGGUUGUGUGCAUUUUCCAGGCUGGACACCUUCUGGAGGGGCCUCCAGGCUGUGUCCACGGGGGGGCGAUAGCCACUAUGAUUGAUACAGUGACAGGGACUCACGCCUCGGUAGUGUCCGGACCUGUUAUGACCGCCAACCUCAACAUGAAUUACCGCAGUGGAAGCCUGGUGGUCUUCUGA